AUGGACAUGGACAUGGACAUGGACAUGGACAUGGACAUGGUGGACAUGACCAUUAGAUUCCCAGAAACUUUCAUGUUGGUCUCAUCACUGAACCCUCGCUGGGUUGGCAGACACAGUGACGGCUCCUCGGAGGUGGUUCAGCAGCCAGCGCACGCUCUUCUGCCUGGUAUGGACAUGAUGGGGUGCAUGCACGCGAUCGGAUUAGCGCGGGGGACGAGCAGCGCCAGCGCCCCGUUUGGACGAGAUCUCUGCUGGCACCGCCUGGAGGCGCGCGUGUCUGUUGGCCGCUUUGGGGUAGCGGGCCAGUCAAAGUCCGAGGAGGCUGGCUGGCUCGGCAAUUCCUGGCUGGCCGGCUGUCUAUCGAUGAUAAGCCCGGCUGAGGACACUGCGGCUCUUGGCAUUGGCUAUUGUCUCCUCGGCAGUGCGCUAAAAGGUGCUCCUCGGCACUGCGGCAUGAGCCAUGCUCGUGGAAAGAAUGCAACAUCUCCGCUUGUGGGCUCGUGGCUGGCGGUUAAGGACCCCUUGAAGGAAGGCCAUCCAGCGCCCCAUAGAUCCCAAAUCUAG